AUGGCAAGAACCAAGCAGACAGCCCGUAAGUCCACCGGCGGCAAAGCCCCCAGGAAGCAGCUGGCUACCAAGGCUGCCCGUAAGAGCGCCCCUGCCACCGGCGGCGUCAAGAAGCCUCACCGUUACAGGCCCGGUACCGUAGCUCUCAGGGAGAUCCGUCGCUACCAGAAGUCCACCGAGCUGCUCAUCCGCAAGCUGCCCUUCCAGCGUCUGGUUAGAGAAAUCGCUCAGGAUUUCAAGACCGACCUGCGCUUCCAGAGCUCGGCUGUCAUGGCUCUGCAGGAGUCUAGUGAGGCUUAUCUGGUCGGUUUGUUCGAGGACACCAAUCUGUGCGCCAUCCAUGCCAAGAGAGUCACCAUUAUGCCCAAAGACAUCCAGCUGGCCCGUCGUAUCCGCGGAGAGAGAGGUAUCACCAAACCCGCCAUCCGCCGUCUUGCCCGCCGCGGUGGCGUCAAGCGUAUCUCUGGCUUGAUCUACGAAGAGACUCGCGGUGUGCUGAAGGUGUUCUUGGAGAACGUCAUCCGUGACGCUGUCACAUACACCGAGCACGCCAAGAGGAAGACCGUCACUGCCAUGGAUGUGGUCUACGCGCUCAAAAGACAGGGACCAAAAUCCGCCCCGAAGAAGGGGUCCAAGAAAGCCGUUACUAAGGCCCCUGGCAAGGGCGGCAAGAAAAGGAAAAAGGGUAGGAAGGAGAGUUAUGCCAUUUACGUGUACAAGGUGCUCAAGCAGGUGCACCCUGACACCGGCAUUUCAUCCAAGGCCAUGAGUAUCAUGAAUUCGUUCGUCAACGAUAUCUUCGAACGUAUCGCUUCCGAGGCGUCCCGUCUGGCGCAUUACAACAAGCGCUCCACCAUCACGUCCAGAGAGAUCCAGACCGCCGUGCGUCUCCUGCUACCGGAAGUAGCUCCAGCUCCAGCCACAACCCAGGCGAAAGCGGCCAAGAAGAAGCCCGCCAAGCCCAGGACCCCCGGACCCAGCGUCAGCGAGCUCAUCGUCAAGGCUGUGGCUGCUUCUAAAGAGCGCAAAGGCGUCUCGCUGGCCGCACUCAAGAACUCUCUGGCGGCCUCUGGCUACGAUGUGGACAAGAACAAGUCCCGCGUCAAGCUUGCCGUCAAGGGCCUGGUGUCCAAGGGGACUCUGGUCCAGACCAGGGGAACCGGCUGCAAAGAAGGUAACAACCCCCAAGAAGCUUGCAAAGAAGUCCGCCAAGAGCCCCAAGAAGAAAGUAUGGCAAGAACCAAGCAGACAGCCCGUAAGUCCACCGGCGGCAAAGCCCCCAGGAAGCAACUGGCCACCAAGGCUGCCCGUAAGAGCGCUCCUGCCACCGGAGGCGUCAAGAAGCCUCAUCGUUACAGACCCGGUACCGUAGCGCUCAGGGAGAUCCGUCGUUACCAGAAAUCCACCGAGCUGCUCAUCCGCAAGCUGCCCUUCCAGCGUCUGGUUAGAGAAAUCGCUCAGGAUUUCAAGACCGACCUGCGCUUCCAGAGCUCGGCUGUCAUGGCUCUGCAGGAGUCUAGUGAGGCUUAUCUGGUCGGUUUGUUCGAGGACACCAAUCUGUGCGCCAUUCACGCCAAGCGAGUCACCAUUAUGCCCAAAGACAUCCAGCUGGCCCGUCGUAUCCGCGGAGAGAGAGCUUAA